CCAAAAUAUCCUAUAUAAGCAAACGCAGCCGCACGUUGAAACCCUAGCCUUCCAGUAAGCCACCUCCAUUUGUUCCCAAUAAACCCUAACCCGAUACUCACUGAGCUCCCACACUCGCCUCCACAGUCUCGUCUCCCCCAAAUUUUCUUCCAACCAGGUUUCAGAAUCCGGUUUCCGAAGCUUUGAAACGAUGUCGUCCGACGACGAGAGGGAGGAGAAGGAGUUGGAUCUCACCUCUCCAGAAGUGGUCACCAAAUACAAGAGUGCCGCUGAGAUUGUGAACAAGGCUUUGCAGCGAGUGAUAUCGGAAUGCAAGCCGAAAGCUAAGAUUGUGGACGUUUGCGAGAUAGGUGAUUCAUACAUCAGAGAGCAAACUGGUAACAUGUACAAAAAUGUGAAGAAGAAGAUUGAACGAGGUGUUGCUUUCCCAACUUCCAUUUCUGUGAACAACACUGUGUGCCAUUUCUCUCCACUUGCCAGUGAUGAAACAGUGCUCGAAGAAGGGGAUAUUGUAAAGAUUGAUAUGGGUUGUCAUAUAGAUGGGUUCAUUGCUAUAGUCGCUCAUACUCAUGCUCUUCAAGCAGGGCCCAUCACAGGAAGGGCUGCAGAUGUCAUUGCGGCUGCUAAUACUGCUGCUGAAGUUGCCUUGAGGCUUGUAAAGCCCGGAAAAAAGAACAAAGAUGUAACAGAGGCUAUACAAAAGGUUGCUGCUGCUUAUGAUUGCAAAAUUGUUGAAGGUGUUCUUAGCCACCAGAUGAAGCAGUUUGUGAUAGAUGCAAACAAGGUCAUAUUGAGUGUAUCCAAUCCAGAUACAAGAGUUGAGGAGGCAGAAUUUGAGGAGAAUGAAGUUUAUGCAAUUGAUAUAGUAGCAAGCACAGGUGAAGGAAAGCCUAAGCUGCUGGAUGAGAAGCAGACAACUAUAUACAAGAGGGCUGUGGACAAGAGCUAUCACCUGAAGAUGAAAGCUUCUAGGUUCAUUUUCAGUGAAAUUAGCCAGAAAUUCCCCCUCAUGCCAUUCACUGCAAGAGCUUUGGAAGAGAAAAGGGCUCGUCUGGGUUUACUUGAGUGUGUCAACCAUGAACUUUUGCAGCCAUAUCCUGUUUUGCAUGAGAAGCCUGGUGAUUUUGUUGCUCAUAUCAAGUUCACUGUAUUGCUCAUGCCAAACGGAUCAGACCGGAUUACAUCUCAUCCUCUACAGGAGCUGCAACCCACUAAGCAAGUAGAUGAUCCUGAAAUCAAAGCAUGGUUGGCUUUGGGCACAAAGACAAAGAAGAAAGGCGGUGGAAAGAAGAAGAAAGGUAAGAAGGGUGAUAAAGCGGAGGAGUCUACCGAAGCUCAACCUAUGGAUGCUACAAAUGGUGCUGAAACUCAAGGAUGAUCGUGUUUCUUGUUACCGAAUCAUAUUUCAGUUUUGGUCUUUUCUCCCCCUUGUAUCUGGCUGGAUAUGAAUUAAUUUAAUACAUAGUCUACUUUUCUAGCUGGAUUUUCUCUAAUUUGCUUUUCUAGUACUCCUUGUAUCUUGAAAUGCUAUCGUUGUUAGACUUUAAUUUUGACCCCUAUAAAUAUAAAAAUCUACAGUUAAAACUA